AUGGUGCACACCUUUGAGAAAUUUCAGAAGCUGGUGGACAAUGCCAUCAUGGUGGAGCAGGCCCGCAAGGAGAUGGGCAUUGAGAUGAAGAGGAAGUAUGAAUCGCAGGGCCGGUAUAGCAACCAGUGCCCCCACUUUGGACCACCACAAGGGACACUGUUUCAGAAUCAGUACGGGUGCCCCGCUCAGCAGAAUCAGCAAACACCACAGACUUCCCAUUCUGGUCAGUUAGUGCAGCACCCCAACUUCUCGCAGAACCGCCAGAACACUCCUACAAACACCCCUGCAAGGAACAACACCCCCGCAGCCCCUGGAGGCAAUGUCUGCUUCAAGUGUGGUGAGCCUGGGCACUAUGCCAACGCUUGUCCCAAGAGGAAUGCCUAG